AUGACCGGCGUGGGCGGCUGCCAGAGUCACUCCAAGCCUCCGACUUCGAUGCGCGAAAUCGACGAGUCGUAUCCUUCCCCCCAGGAUAUUGAGUCGCAGAAGUGGAGCAACGCAUUAGAGAAUUCGCAGCGCUCGCUCAAUGAAUCGAUGCACUCACCCGCCUACCGUCGGUUCCUUACCAGCACCGCAUCGAUCUGGAACAGUAAUAUUCCGGGACUUCAGGACUCGUCUGGCGGCAUUGCGGGAAACGGUGGAGAUAGAAGCGUUGUCCAAUCUCCUUUGACUGACACCCGAGUGAAGCUGAGCAACAGCUACAAAGGUCGCCAUAAUGGCUAUGUGCAAGCUUCGGUUCCUAAGCCUGGCAGUAUCGUACCAGAAGGACGUUUUGAUCGAGAUUUGAACACCACUGGCCUAGCCACUUCACUCUCACUCCGUAGUCAUACGCUUCCCAGAAUCUCGACUGAGUCACCGUGUCAAUCUUACUUCAGCGGUUCUGAUCAUGCUUACGCGAAGCUGGCCACUUGUAGCACGUCUUCUGGCUGGCUUCAUGAGCAAGAGAAACACUCGCAAAGACCGCUGCGCUUUGCUGCCCACUCCAGCGCACUCAGUCUCCAGGAUGACCCUCACCCGUCGAACCUCUCCAACCCACGAGGAUCACCGAGAACCCUUCACACGCCGGACCGAACAGAAUUUCACGAGCGUAUGGAAGGCGACUGGAUUUCAGGUCUAUCGGGUAUUCCAUCUCCUUCACGCUUUGGUAGUACGGGGGAGCAACUCCACGAGACUAACGGUAUACCACUCUGCUCAGUCCCGAACGGAACUAUUCUACGAGAUUACGAGAUGGCAUGGCGAAGAUCAGCGGAACAUGGUACAGAUAUGAAGAGAUCAAAGCACAGACAGCGAGGUCCCUCGUCGCCCACCGUACAGCGCUACGCAUCCACUGGAUCGAUCUCACCAGCCUUCGACAUCACACCACGCAGCGCACAAAUCGACGACGAAGGAAACAUUUUCAUCAAUGGCUCAGGACAUGUACGAAAGCACACUGAUCCGUUUGUAGGCUCUAAGCCGGUUUUGUAUGGUUCACAGUCUGCCAGGUUUCCUGUAGCUAGACCUUCGACACAGUUCCAGCUGCCGUCGCAGCCAUCCAUGCGCCGGACUCUCACCCCGACUACUGCAUUGUGGUCCAAGUCAGCUCCGAAGAAUGUUCCGUCCGCUCAUCCGCCCACAUUAGCAGCAAUUCCACUCGUCUCCGCGACCUCUGUGCGUGCCAUGCCGCCUACUCCAGCAUUUCUUAGUUCUGUAUCGGGACCAGUUACACAAGAUCGUCCACCCACAAGAUCCAACUCCCUUAUCCUACCACCUCCUCUUUCCAGUAUCCAGGGCAAGUAUCAUCACACCCCAGAAGCGCGCGCACGUCUAGAAGCACAGGAACCUGUCCGCGAAAAAUGGAUCCGCACCGAAGCGGCCAAGAUCGGACAGCUAGCGAGGCUGAGGCAAAAUACCUACCGUCGUUGGGUAGAGACCAAUUCUGAACUGAAUUACAUAAAUUGGCAAAAGGCUGAGGCGGCAUUGGCCGAGGCUACAAACACGGAGAAUAAAAAGGAAGAGAGGCGGAAUCUGUUUUUGAAUUUAAAGUGUAUGACGGCGUUGAAGACAGACAAGGCUGAGGAUAUGUCAGCUGAUAGCCGCGAGAGAGGAGCCAGAGGUGGAGAAGAGAAACUGCUUGGCUAUCAGAUGGCGACGAUGGAGUGA